AAGGAUCGCAGCUAGCUGCAGUCAGAGCUACAUUAUGCCUAACGUCAUUGAGUAACAUAAAUAGCAGGCAUGAGUGAAGGGAGAAUGGGAGUAUUAAGAGCGCACAGAUUUCAAACAUACUUGGCUAGGUAGUGCACUCACUCCUCAGCGCUGCUUGUCCAGAUGCACAACGCAGACCUCGCACUGCCUAUCCACAAAGAAGGAUUUGCAAUUUAAAAAAAAAAAAAAGAAAUUCCUGUCUUGAAUCUUUUCAAAAAAACAAGCAGAUUUGUUUGUUCUUUCCUGUAGGAAACUUCAUCAACAGGAUUUAACAGCCAGCGCAGAAACUGGGAUUCAUCCUGCAGGUUGGCAGUCAAGUGUUCCUUCUCCUUCCUCACAUGAAAACCUGCUAAGAAAUGGUUAUUAUCCUCCGCACUGCCCAUCUUUCCAGACCAGAAAGAACUGACCAAAAGAUUUCCAAGUUAUGAAAAGAGCAGCUGAGCAAGGAGUUCAAGAUGUCUUUAAAUGAAGAGCUGGAGAAUAGAUAUUCAGCAACCACCCAGAUGGCCACAGAUACAAGUGAAGGGAGCCCAUUCAGAAUCGGCUCCAACUCUUCCUACAAUGUCAGCUGGGACAGCACACCAGCUGCCAAUUCAAUGGAAGACACAAUAGCCACUUGCACCAUUGGGACUAUCCUCUCUCUUAUGUGUGUGAUCGGAGUGACAGGCAAUGUCUACACCUUAGUGGUGAUGUGCCAUUACUUGAGAUACUCUGCUUCUAUGUAUAUUUAUAUCAUUAACCUUGCCUUGGCAGACCUGCUCUACCUUCUUACCAUUCCCUUCAUCGUUGGAACAUAUUUCUUUCAGGAGUGGUACUUCGGAGACAUUGGUUGCCGCAUCUUGUUCAGUCUGGAUUUCCUCACCAUGCAUGCUAGCAUCUUCACCUUGACAGUCAUGAGUACAGAGCGCUACUUUGCAGUGCUGAAGCCCCUGGACACAGUGAAGAGGUCAAAAAGCUAUCGGAAAGCCAUUGCCGUAGUCAUCUGGCUGGUAUCUCUGCUGCUUACUCUUCCCAUGCUCAUCAUGAUCCAGCUAGUGCAAAGAGACAACAAAAGUAUUUGUCUGCCCACAUGGAGCAAGCUGUCAUACAAAAUCUAUAUCACCAUCCUCUUUUGUACAAGCAUUGUGGGCCCCGGAGUGGUCAUUGGAUACCUUUAUAUUAGACUCGCUAGGACUUAUUGGGUGUCCCAAACAGCCACUUUCAAACAGACCAAGAGGCUGCCUAACCAAAAAGUGCUCUAUUUAAUUUUCACAAUAGUGCUGGUCUUUUGGGCAUGCUUCUUGCCCUUCUGGAUAUGGCAGCUCCUCUUCCAAUAUUAUGAAUCCUUCCCAUUGUCUCCCAAAGCAAUGAGGAACAUUAACUAUCUGACAACGUGCCUGACAUAUAGCAACAGCUGCAUUAACCCCUUCCUCUACACCCUGCUGACCAAAAACUACAAGGAAUAUCUAAGGAACAGGCAACGGUCCUUUAACAGCAGCAGUGGGUACUUCCAAAGAAGGAAUCGAUUUGAGAGGAUUUCUGGGAGAUCUCUUUCCACAAGCAGUCAGCAUUGCACAGAGACAUAUGUCCUUGCUCAUGCUUCUCUUGGAAACAACAGUGCCUGAAAGUAAAAUACACCUCCAAGAACUAUCACUAUUGACUUCAGUGUUGCUUUGAUUGAAAGUGUAUAUUGUAAAAGUAAAGUUUUAGUAGCCACAUAAUGCAGAUACAUUUAAUCCAGAGGUUGUGCCAUAACAGUCUGCACUCAUUUAUUUCCAACGCCAUAAAUUAAUGUUGGCAGUGCUCGCUAAACAAUGUAGCUUCCUGGCCUUUUGCUUUUUUUUUGUCCUUUAUUUCUUAUAGUGCAUCUCUCUCCUUGCAUAGUCAUCAGUAACAAAAGCCUGUAAUAGAGACACUUUUCUUUUAUGACAAUAGAUGCCUUGCAACAUUCAGAAUUAAGUUAUUGAAAAUAUGGCUGUCAAUUCUUUGUUGCAUUUUUUUUUUUUAAAUGCCAGACUAGAAGUGAUUGGUUGUACAAGAACUGAAAAAGAGUAAAAUAAAGAAAAACAGCUCAUGUU